AUGUCCUCCAACGCCAAACUUCCCCAACGCGAGCGACCUGGACGAUGGACUGAUGCUGUCAUGACGAAGGGCUGUGAUUCAUAUGUGUACAAGGAUUCUGAUAAACACUUGGUCGAAACAUUUCAAAGCCGCCAAUGGUGGGCACUCGCCUGGCAAGAUGCCGGAGAUGUCUUUAAAAGUGGUGACGCCCAGUAUCGUGAGUGGCAGUACUCGGUCAGUGAAGGGAAGUUCGUGGCCAGGACACCCCAAGUGAAAGGCGGGCAGCCGGAUGUAGAGAUCAACACAUAUCCUACGCAAACCUACCGUGACGUGUGCGAACUAUGUGCUCGUAACCAGAAUCCGAUCCCCGUGUGGGUUCUUGAACUCAUGGACACCUCUGAACAGCGUGUCGAAUUGGCGAUGAGAAACGCGCUCCUCAGGAGGUCGUACAGUCGGGUCCAGGCAGAACCGAAGGAACUUUGGGAAGGCAGACAUGGAGUACAGAAGGAGCUCUCGACUUCCCUUGGGGAAGACAUGACCGAACUUGACGGAACCGAAGGUGGAACUGAUGGCGAUAAGUCGAGCCGAACGCAAGGGCUUUUCUACAGCUUGCUCGCAGACAGUCAGUUUGGGCAACUGACUGCGAGAACAAGCGCUUCGUCGGCGGACUCUUCCAAGAAGUAGUCAUGCUUGAGAUUCAGGUUGUGCACGAAGCAAUGACGGGA